AUGAUUUUACGUCGGUGGUACACCGUGUCUAAACGACUUGCGUCUACUAGCGUACCUGCUCGGAGCGCUAUUAAUGUCGCAGAAGAAAAGAUAUCGCGCUUGCCAAAUGGGUUGACAGUUGCUUCUGUGGAUCUUGGUGGUCCAGUUGCUCAGCUGCUAGUGGCUUAUCGAGCGGGAACUCGGUAUGAAAUGUCUGAUGAAGCAGGUUUGGUCCAUCACGUUCGAAAUUGCAUUGGAGGUGAUUCUCAAAGAUAUUAUGGCGCACAGCUACUUUGGCAGUGCGGUUCUGCGGGUGCUAAUGUGAAUGGGAUGAUGACACGCGAUUUGCUUGCAGUGCAGAUGUCAGUGAUUAGAGAUCGUGCGCCAGUAGGAUUAUCUUUAUUAGGAGAACUGGCUCAACCAGCAUUUAAACCAUGGGAUGUUGAAGACUUCAAAGAAACACUGAGGAUCGAUCGCAAUUAUCUUAAAGCGUACGAUGUGCUUGUGGAGGAUUUACAUGAUGCGGCGUUUCGGAACGGUUCUCUUGGAAAUUAUUUAUAUGCGAAGGAGGAAAGUAUUGGCAAAUUCAAUCAUCGCAAAAUGGAAAAAUUUGCAGCUUCGCAAAUGGUGACUGGGAACGCUGUGCUUGUAGGAGUGAACAUUCCGCAUGAUCAAAUAUUAGAUUAUGCUAGCAGUCAAUUCACGUUGCCUGAAGGGAGUUCAAUUUCACCAAAACCAUCUCCAUAUUAUGGCGGAGAGAAACGUCAUAAACUUUUAAUGAAGGAAGCUCACGUUGCUGUUGCUGGUAGAGGAGCUUCUUUGAAAAGUCUCAAGAGUUUAGCCGUACAAGCAAUUCUGAGCGCUGCUAUUGGUCAGGGCACUGCAGCAAAAUAUGCUCCAGGUAUUGGACAAGGCGCAGUAGCAAAGGCUGUCUUUAAAGCUUCAAGCGGUUAUCCGUUCGGAAUUUCUGCCAUAUCAGAAGUAUAUGCAGAUGAAGGGCUUGUUGGUAUGUAUAUCGUUUCCGAAGCAGAUCACAUCGGCCCCCUUUGUAAUGCAGCAAUAAAAGCCUUAAAAUCCUUCACAAUCGAUGACUCUGCGUUCGAAGCAGCAAAGAAUAUAGCUGCGAUGAACAUUCUAAGUCGAGCCGAGUCAACUGAAAAUGUGGCACUAGAUCGUGCUGCGCAGAUUCUUGCAACUGGUAAAGCAGAGACUGUUUCUAAUUUAUUGCAAGAGAUAGCCUCUAUCGGCAAGGCCGACAUUACAAAGGCAGCGGAACAAAUGAAAUCGAAAUUAACGCUUGCUUCUUAUGGAAAUAUUUAUCAAGUGCCCUACCUCGAUCAAUUAUGA